UUUGGAUUAUGUGGGGUUCCAGAAAACCUCAUUGCUGCUUUACGAGAGACCGGGCAGAAAAAUCUCACAUGUGUAUCAAAUAAUGCCGGCGUUGACGACUGGGGACUGGGAGUUCUUCUCAAGACGCGACAGAUCAAGAAGGUGAUCGCCUCUUACGUUGGCGAAAAUGAAGAGUUUGCUAGGCAAUACCUAUCUGGAGAGCUUGAAUUGGAAUUUAGUCCGCAGGGAACAUUGGCUGAGCGAAUUCGAGCAGCCGGAGCUGGUAUUCCUGCAUUUUAUACUCCAACUGGAUAUGGUACACUGAUACAAGAAGGAGGUGCUCCAAUGAGGUACAGUCAAACAGAGAAAGGAAAAAUUGAAGUUGCAAGCCCUCCUAAAGAGGUAAGUUCGAUAAAAGCGGAGUAG